AUGCUUGCUGCUGGCCAACCCUUGCAAUUAGAGAAAAUAAUUCGAAAACCUAUUAUUUCUACUGCUUCCAUGAAAUUAAUAGAUUUAUUAGCUGAAAUGCGUAAGAGUUGUGUGCAAAUUUCAAUUGUAAUCGAUGAAUACGGUGGAACUGAUGGUAUUGUGACCAUUGAAGAUAUAAUAGAAGAGAUAGUAGGGAGAAUAGAUGAUGAGCAUAAUAAAAAAUCUGAUAAUGAUAAUUUUAGGGUUGUCACUAAAGAUACAAUUAUCUCAAAUGCUAGAGUUAAAGUGGAAGAGUUAGAAUUAGCGUUGGGGGUUGAAUUAAAAACUCCGGGUGAUGAAUUCGAUACAAUAGGGGGACUAGUUUUAGCAAAAAUAGGGAAUGUACCAGCAAUAGGUACAAAAAUUAAUAUAAGCGAUCAAGUAGAACUAGAAGUAAUAGAUGCAAAUCCUAGAAGCCUUAAGGAAGUAAAAUUAAGAUUAAACGAUGGAUCGAUUUUACCUAAUUGCCUGCUGUAG